UCGCCAACCGUGUAACAUAACAACAAUCCGUGCAACGCAUCCGCACGCACGGACGCCGCCGCCGUCGACAUCAACGAGGGGGCUAGGGGGGUGCCAUAAUAAUACAUAGACUACCGAGCGCGCGUGUGCCGACGCCGCAACCGUAACCGAAUAUACCGUAUACCGUGCAUACCGAAUACCGUAGUGUUCGGGGUGGUCACGCGCGAUACUCGGUAAUUUUUUCUUCUUCUCUUGUAUACACGUUAACGGCAGCAUAAGACGCGUGCGUUUCGGAAAAUCCCGUCCCGCGCGCGCGUGUGUGUUUUGCAGUGUGUAUAAAGUGUGCGUGGGUACAAUAAAUACAAGUUGGCCGUCGCGUCGUCGUCACGUGUUCGUUGUGGCCGAUCGCGCGUAUCGUGUAAUGUGGUGAACGCUCGCGCUCACCAUGGCGGCAACAACAGAAACGCAACAGCAGAUCAAAGAGAUCGCAACGGUCGUCGCCGAACAACAAUCUCCCGCAGUCGCCGAAGACUUUACGGAAGAGAGUGUAGCUCCUUUACCGACCCCGAAGACCAUCACCACACCGGUGCCGAUCGUCGGCAAGGCUUUUGAUCUAAAACGCGCCAGCGUGUCGUCCGUGGACAGCGAUAUAUCCCUGUCGUACGACGCGGCUCCGUUUUAUCCGCGGUCCCUUCAACAGAACGGCGGCGGUAUGUCGUCGGCCAACAACUCCAGCGGGUCCGGCACCGACGACGGGGGCGUACAACGCUCGGGCACCGCCAAAAUGGCCAUCAGCAACACAGACUCAUCCGAUUCGGCGUACGAAGGAGGUCAAGGCAAGUCUAGUGACGAGUCCACGCCGUUCGUACAACCCGACGAAGAGACUACCAAACGCAUACUCGACCAGGUGGAAUUUUAUUUCUCGGAUGCCAACAUCGUCAAGGACGCGUUCUUGUUAAAGCACGUCCGUCGGAAUAAGGAAGGAUACGUAUCGUUGAAACUGAUAUCGUCUUUUAAACGGGUAAAACACCUGGCCAAAGACUGGCGUGCCGUCGCCUUCGCAAUAUCAAAGUCGGAGAAGCUAGAGUUGAACGAAUCUGGCACCAAGCUGCGACGUAAGGAACAGCUGCCCGCUUUCGACCAGACUACGCCAUCCCGUACCGUGGUGGCCAUUAACCUGUCCGAGGAGAAACCGGUGACCAUAGAAACGGUAGCUGAACUUUUCCGUAGCUGCGGUGAGAUCGCACUAAUCCGUGUGCUCCGGCCAGGCAACCCCAUACCCUCGGAUGUCCGCCAUUUCGUCAACAAACAUCCCGAGAUGGGCAGCAACGUGAGCGCGCUUAUCGAAUUCGUGCGCACCGAAUCGGCGCACAACGCGAUGAGCAAAGACUGGUCCUCGGAAAAGGCUAAAGACGGGCAAUCUAUGAGCGUGCUCGAAUUGAACGCGCCGGCGUCCAAGAAAAAAGCCACGGCGGCUGCCAAGAAAUCGCCAAUGAACAGGCUGUUCGAUUCGGAAUAUUCGUCGUCGUGCCAGAGCGGUUCUGAGUCGGAAGACAUGCGACAACAGAAGAUGCGUAUGCAGCGCAAGGUUUCGCCCACCACGCUGAUGCGGUCAGAUUCGUCGUGGAACCAGCGCAGGUGGUCUAGGGACUCGGGUACCGACAGCUCCGCGUCAGGUUACUCGCGCCGGGAUAUGCAGUACAUACCGCCGCAACACCAAGGACAGCCCGGCGAUUACGGCGGAAACAGACGUAUGUCUUCCGGAUGGGACUCGAGCUCGGAUAGCUAUUACUCAGGCCGAUCGCGUUCCGGUAGUGGCGUCUCCAUACCGGAAACGUUCGGCAUGCGCCGCUUCUCGCUGGCUAACCGCUCGGAACCACAACAGCAACAGUGCUGUUGUUGUGGUGGCCACAACAAUCAGCCACCGCAACUGCAACCGCAACAACAGCAACAGCAGCAAUCCAUGUCGAUGCGUAGACACUCUACUCAAGAGAAUCACCAUCAUUACGACAUGAGACGGUGCAGCAGCAGCAGCAGCAACAGCGACAUGAUGGUGGGACGGAAGGACUCCACAUCGUCUGACUAUUGUUGCGGUGGCGGCGGUCCGCAGCAGCGAGACGGAUUCCACAACUGGUCGCGCAAGAGCAGCUCGUCGUCGAUGGGCGAGGGGGGUAUGGGUCGGCGGAUGUCUAUGGAUUCGGACUCAUCCGGUGGCAGGAGUCGCCGGCCGAGCUUGGGACUGGUGACACCGGACAACGUGGUUAGGAUGCCCAAGGGCCCCGACGGUUGCGGCAGCCGCGGAUUCCAGAGGGAGCCACUGGUCGACUCCACGCUUUACGAAUAAUGAACACCAG